AUUUGGCUGGUUACCACUGAUAGUAGAAUUGGUGCUGGCCUCUUUAAUUCACUAUCCAGUAAAGAUUCUGCAGGUGCCCAAACACUGUGAGGAGAAGACAACCUGGGAAUCAUGUAAAUUCUCUUCCUUCCUCCUGAUGACCAGGCAUCACACAAGUAAUGAGGAAGAAAAUGUCCAAUCAAACCACUGUGACUGAGUUCCUUCUCCUGGGAUUCUCUGACAUUUGGGAGCUGCAGAUUUUACACUUUGUGGUGUUCCUGGUGAUUUACCUUGUGGCCCUGGUGGGGAAUCUUCUCAUCAUCACAGCCAUAGCCCUCGACCACCAUCUUCAUACCCCCAUGUACUUCUUCCUAGUGAACCUGUCCAUCCUAGACCUCGGCUCCAUCUCUGUCACCAUCCCCAAAUCCAUGGCCAAUUCCCUCAUGAACACCAGGUCGAUUUCUUAUUCUGGAUGCGUCACACAAGUCUUUCUCUUUAUCUUCUUUAUUUCAGCGGAUUAUGCAUUAUUGACUGUCAUGGCAUAUGACCGACACGUCGCCAUCUGUCAACCACUACACUAUGAGAGAGUGAUGAACAGGACAGCAUGUGUCCAAAUGGCAGCAGGUGUGUGGAUCAGUGGUAUUCUUUACUCUGCCCUGCACACUGGGAGCACAUUUGUGAUAUCUUUCUGUGGAGGCAACGUGGUGGAUCAGUUCUUUUGUGAAAUCCCCCAGCUCCUCAAGCUCGCCUGCUCUGACUCAGACCUCAAUGAAACUGGGGCAAUUGUCUUCAGUGCAUGCUUAUCCUUAAGCUGCUUUGUUUUCAUAGUUGUGUCAUAUAUUCAGAUCUUCAAAGCAGUGCUAAGAAUCCCCUCUGAGCAGGGCCGGCGUAAAACCUUCUCCACCUGCCUCCCUCACCUCACUAUGGUCUCUUUGUUAGUUUGCCUUAGCAUCUUUGCCUACCUAAUACCCACGUCUAGCUCAGCAUCAAGUCUGGAUCUCUUGGUGGGUGCUCUCUAUUCCGUGGUGCCACCAAUGAUGAAUCCCAUCAUAUACAGCAUGAGAAACAGGGAGGUGAAAGGUUCAUUGAGUAAACUGAUAGGUUGGAGGUUAUUCAGCAAGAAUAAAAUGUCCAUAUUUCUCCACUGAUAGCAAUUUCAUUCUGACUUUCCUUAUAAAUAUAAUCAGCUGGUGAAAUUAUCAGCUCCAUGUGAAUAUACCAUGCAACAUCUUUAUGCAGACUUGGGUAUUUGCACAUGUAAUAAACCAGACAAACAUAACACAAGAAAAAUAAGACUGACUUCAGGUUUAAACCAAUGUAAAUGAGAUCCAGAAUCUAUCUAUCUAUCUAUCUAUCUAUCUAUCUAUCUAUCUAUCUACCUUGCACAUAAAAUGAGUAGCCAUAGCAAAGUUACUAGUGGGGUCUCUGGCUCUUCUUAUUUUUUAGGAUAAAAACUCUGAUCAUGGUAUCAAUGCAUUUGUUCUUUGUGGAUUUUUUGUUUC